UUCUUUUCAUCACCAUGGGUAUCUUCACGUUCUCUGCCCUCUUGCACUCUGUGGAGCAUGAUGUUGCUGGGACCCAUUUCAGCAGUAUACCUGAUGCCUGGUGGUGGAUGAUGCUAAACGGUGAAAUAUAAAUUGUUUCUUGAGUUUUGAUUAAUGGUACAUUAUCCGUGCUGAUUAUUUCCUGCUGAAAAACUCCCAUAUACCUGCAGUCAAACACAGGCUUUAUUGCAAUUAUUAUGAGCGUGAAGGAUUUGUUUAAGGGUAGCAUGAGCAGUUUGUAAUGACCUGUUGUUUAUCCACCAUCCUUUUUCCAAGAACAAAAUCCUUAAAUCAACUUUGCGCUAAUCCUUAGACUUUAUUUAUAGCUGUUUUAAGACUGAUGGAAGGACAUCAACAAGAUUUAACCACAGCGGAACGAAUUUAUGCUCUUGAUCUCCUGGCAUACUCAGUGAAAUGUCUUUGCCUUCCUUCUCGUGUCACUUCCAACAAGCGUGGAAGGACAAGAAGAGUCUUUCUUUGGCUCUAUUGAUUGCCUGAGCUCACCUUAGACAGUCUGAAGAGAGGCAGACUUUUGAAUGGAAGAGCUGUAGCACAGAAGAGGCAUUUCUGUUUCUUUCUUUCUUAGCAAGGCAGACUCAGUGAAGGCAAUAAAUCCCACUUUUAAGAGAGCUGCUGGACUUGCCUCUUGCUUAUUCUCCUGUGCUGUCCUCUUCUGAAGAGCUGUGACUAUGGAGCCACCUCAGCAUGCCCUUAAAAGAAAACCAUGCCAGAGGCGUUCCACCUUGUCUGCCAGCCUGAGGCUCGGAGAAGAUGGCUCUCAUAGCUUAGAGGAAGAAAAGUCCAUCUUUGCCUUCUCACAGGAUAGCUCUAUCAAGCCAUGGAAUUCUAUGGACAAUUUGGACAGUCCUUUCACUGGUCAAGGAGCAUCCAUGGCUGAAGCACAGAAGAAAUCUUCAUCAAGGUCAUCCAAAGUGAUCAAUAUCAAUGUUGGAGGCAAAAUUUUCCACAUUGAAAAAUGCAUGGUGGUCCAAUACCCUCACACCCGCAUUGGAAACCUGGCCCUGUGUCCUGACCGCGUGAUGCAGCUCACCCUUUGCGACGAUUACUCUGUGUGCACAGAUGAGUUUUUUUUUGACCGCGACCCCAGUUUGUUCCACUACAUUCAUCACUUCUACCGAAGUGGCGUGUUGUGGACAAUGAAUGAGCUGUGUCCCAUUAACUUUGAGGAGGAGAUGGAAUACUGGGGGCUGAGUCUGAAGGACACCCAGCGUUGCUGUAACAUUCUGUUUGAGGAGAAGGUGGAUGAGCUGAAGGAAUACCUGAAAAUAGAAAGGGAGCUGAUGGCAGAGAUUGAGCCCAAGCAUGAUGAGGAGGGCUUCAAAUCAAUGUACUUUGGCAGGUUCCGCAAAGCUGUGUGGGAUUUAAUAGAGAACCCAUACUCUUCAAUUUCAGCUAAAUUCUUUGCUAUUUUUUCCAGCCUAUUUGUGCUCAUCUCUAUUGUUGCUAUGACACUCAACACAGUGCAGGAGCUGAAGACAACCACUGUGUAUGGUAGGACUUACUUGGAGUUUGUGGAGAUUGCCUCCAUCCUCUUCUUCACUGUUGAGUACUUCCUGCGCUUGUUGACCACCUGUAACAUCAUACAUUUUCUCAAGAGUGCCCUCAACUUUGUGGACUUGGUAGCUGUAAUGCCUUACUUCAUCCAGCUGGUCUUUGAGGCCUUCGCCAAUCAGGAGGACCUCAGUGUGCGGGAGGACUUGCAGACCAUGGCAAGGGUCAGCAAGGUCAGCAAAGUGCUCAAGGUGGUGAAGCUCAUGCGCAUCUUUCGUAUCCUCAAACUGGCUCGACACUCAACCGGAAUGCGGGCUUUCGGGUUCACCAUCCGCCAGUGCUAUCAGCAGGUCUGCUGCCUUUUUCUUUUCAUCACCAUGGGUAUCUUCACGUUCUCUGCCCUCUUGCACUCUGUGGAGCAUGGUGUUGCUGGGACCCACUUCAGCAGUAUACCUGAUGCCUGGUGGUGGGCUGCGGUCAGUAUCUCCACAGUGGGCUAUGGUGACGUGGUGCCAGUGUCAUUUUUGGGUCGGGUAGUGGCAUUUGUCUGCAUCUCCUUUGGCAUCAUUCUAAAUGGUAUGCCCAUCUCCAUCCUCUUCAACAAGUUCUCAGACUACUAUGCCAGGCUGAAGGCCCAGGAAGAGGCUCACGCCAAAAUUCAGCGCAGCAUGGAGUUUAAGGUCCGCCUGAGCCGCAAGCUUGACCAGUGCCUCAAACGUUGUACCGCAGACUCUGAUGACGAGGAGGUGUUUAUGCAUUGACAUCCCCCAUGAUCUUCUGUAAAUUUACCCUGCAUGGCUAUUUCUGAGACCCCAUUCUGCUUUCGCCUCAUGGGAUACGUUUUCCGCGGAUGUGCAGAAAAUUUAUUUGUUGUGCUGGACAGGUGGAGAUAAGCUGUAAUCUGAAGCCGAGACAGGAUACAGAGGUUUCUCAAGUUUCCUGAGGACUGCUAGAGGAACUACCUUCUGUGAUGACUUCCUCUUACAGCACUGCUCUUGUGUGUCAGAAUGUGUAAGAAUAUCUAUAAUUAAUGCAAGGCUGCUACCCUGGCAAAUUAGCACUGUGCACCAAUAAACUAAAACUGCAAUAAGAGGAAGGGUAACAACUGCUCUUCUGUAUUAAAUGCAAGUGUUGUGUGACUUAUGUUUCCUCUAUUGAUAUUAGCAAUCUUAAAAAGAAGCAAAGACCAGACUUUCAAAGAUGAAAGCUGAAAAUGUCAAGAUUAAUGUAAAUCUAUCUAGUCUUUUAAGUACUGAAAAAAUAUGUUCUUGAUUAUUAGGCAUGUAAAAAAGAAUGUUGCCAUUAUUUUUCACUUGCACAGCAGAUGCCUUUUCCAGUGGAAACAUACAAUGUACACCCAAGUAUUUAUCAAGGAUUCUUAAAAAAUCCUCCUGAAUCUCCCCCUGAAACCUUGUUGAACCAAGCAGGCAGUCCUUUGUUUUGGAUCUUUUAGAGCAUUAAUUCUGUCAUCUUGGGUUCAUCUCAUAGUACUGAUAAGAUUUAGAAGGAUUGACUAACUGACCGACAUUGUCAGAAGUCAAUGGAUUUAGCAUUUUCUGUACCAGUCAUGUUUUCAGUGUAGAAAAUAAGGAGUCCGUGGGGCUAAAUAGAAUAACUUUUAGAAAACUAAAUAAUUUCAGUAAGCUUGUAGUUGACUGGGAUUGAAGAAGGUUAUAGUAGCACUGGCAGCUGUAUUUGGAAUAUGAAUAUAUAAAGGGAAAUUCUGAAUUUCCAUAUGGAAUCUGAAGCAAAUGAUACACAAGAAACAUGUUGCCUUUUCUGUUAAUGGUGCAUUAGUGAGGCAUUUUAAUGCGCAAACCUAUUGAUACACUACAUCUCAUUUCUAUGUUGACCGUGUCAAACAUUAAAACAUAUCCAUCUAUGAUUACAGAUGUUUCCAUUUUUCAAGCAACACUACUCUAAAAUUGUUCAUGUGGACAUGCAUAGAUUCACAGAUAUUUGGAAAAAUAGGACAAAAAGUAAUAAAAUUUUAAUAUUGCAUUUCCUGCACAACUUAAUGGACAACCAGCAAUGUUGCUGGCAUGUUCACUGAAUUACAAAAUCUAAAGGCAGUUCUGCAGAUAAUCUGAUGUAUAGGUCAUCCUUAUUACUUGGUGUGCUGUAGUUAUACUACUGGAGUCUCCAUAGAACAUUAACAAAAAAUAAACAUAGACAUUGCAAAUCAUUAUUAGGUAAUUAGGUAAUUAGUAAUUCUAUAUCAUACUACAAAUUAUUGCAGUACUUCAUUAAACCUUUUUAUUUAGCUUCCAUUUGUUUUGUUUAUUAUUUAAUUCAUAACAUAUUAUGGCUCUCAAAGAGUGUUUUUCAGACAGCGACAAUAGAGAUCUGAUUGUAGAUUACAAACCGGUUUUUCACCAGUAUUAGUUAAUUCAAGUUCUGCUGAAUCUUUUCAACUGCUUUCAUAAUAAUACCUCCCUCUCCAUAUCAUGUUACUUCUCAAGUGUUUGACACGAUUAUGGAAUUUAUGACCAGGUAUUUUCUCCCUGGCAGUGAAGGCCCUGGGAUGCAUGGUAAGGAUAAAAAAGAAUAAGGAUCAAUGUACUGUGGUCCACAACUACUGCAAUGGAAAAUGAAACCCAUGUGAGAAAAAUGGGUUUUGACUUCUGCCAUAAUAAAGAACAAUGCCCAAACAAAA